AAUAUUGUAAACAUUGAUCACGUGAUAGUAAAAAUGGCGGCACCAAAUGUCAUGUUAAAUAUUGAACGGCUCUCUUCUCGUGUUUUACGUAUUUUGGGCUGUAAUCCAAGUCCGAUGACAUUACAGGGCACAAAUUCUUAUCUGGUUGGCACAGGACAAAGAAGAUUACUGAUAGACACAACCAAUCCUGGGAAAGAUGAAUAUAUUAAAUUACUGAAAUCCACUCUAGAGGAAAAUACCACAAGUAUACAAGAGAUAGUCAUUACACAUUUUCAUAUUGAUCAUGUUGGUGCCAUACCUGAUGUAUGUCAAAAUUUACUACAUAGUAAAGAAAUUAAAGUAUCUAAGAUGAAGAAGCCAGUAGGAGAUGAAGUAAAUAUUGGUUUAGAUUAUACAUUCAUAGAACAUAAUCAUACCUUCCACACAGAGGGCGCCACUCUUAGGGCAUUGUAUAAUCCAGGACAUAGCAAUGACCAUAUGAUAUUAUAUUUAGAAGAAGAACAAUCACUUUUCUCAGGAGAUACUAUUAUAAAUGGUUCUUCAACAACAGUUCAAAACCUAAUAGAGUAUAUGAAAUCGUUACAAGAUAUUUUAGAUUUGAAACCUGUCAGAAUUUAUCCAGGUCACGGCCCCGUGAUAGAAGAUGGUGUAAAGACUACAACAGAUUAUAUUGCCCAUCGUAUUUCACGGGAGAAACAAGUUCUUGAAUAUCUACAAGGCAGUAAAGGAGAUCCACGAACAGUGAUGGAUAUAGUCAAAAAGAUUUAUGUGGGUGUACCAGUGGUGUUACAUGGCAAAGCAGCAGAGAAUGUUGAUCAGCAUUUACUAAAACUCCAAGCAGAAGGUAAAGUUGUCACCGAGGAUGGAAAAGGGUGGAUUAUUAAGGAAAACUAAAAAUUCUUUGGACAAUGUGUGAAAACGAUCUGCUAGUGGAUAUUUGUGUCCCAAUGACCGUGUAUGAAAAUAUGGGAUAAUGUUGAUUUAUGAGAAAAUUAAUUAAUAAUUAUUUAUUUUUAUUCUAAAUUAAUAGAACAUAAAGAUUAGUAUGUUUUUACUUAUGUAUUAUGAAAAUAAUUGAUAUAUAUCUUUCAUUGUACAUGACAAGGUCAGUAUAUGUUGUUACAGAUUAUUUUUGGAAUUUAGCUUUGGAACAAGCACAGCAAAUGUCAGUACAUAAAAUAUAAGUAUUAAUCAUUAAUUAA